AUGAAACUAUGCGAGCCAGUGCAAGUAAAGAGUGGAGAAGAAAUUUCCUACUUUAUUCUUAUUGGACCAAGCCACGGAAUUCGGGGAGAAUUUGCUCUGGAUUCCACCAGGGAAAAAAUUGACUAUUUUUAUCAAGAAAUCACUCUUGAUUUAUUCCACCCCCUUUCUGUGUUAACGGCUUUUUAUGGAAGUAUUGAGAGUAAUGAUAUUAGUAAAAUUAUUAGUAGUUCUGAAAAUAAAUUGUGUCGAGAGAAAAAUUAUUUAGUAGAGUUAUUAAGAAAAAAUCCCACGGAGGAAAGAGAACUUAAUGAGUUUCUUAGUAAAGCUAGAGCAUUUGAGCGCGGAACACUUGGAGAUGAAAGUAAAAGACGAAUUCAUGAACGUCUUUCUUCGGAAAAAUUAAUAAAAGGAAGAACAAUUCCGGAAAUUUUGGAUGAACCUGAUGAGGAAACCCUAGAUCCUUGGAAAAGCGAGGAAGAGAUUGAAACCCAACGAGACGAGGAAGACAGCGGCAGCAAAGAAGAUUAUUAUUCUGGUGAGGAAGAUAGAAAGGACCCUGAGCCCGACACCAGACCUCUCGACGAAGAAGAAGCAAGCAGUGAGAAUACGGAGGAUACCGAGGACCACGAAACCCCCCCCCCCCCCAAAGAAGAAAAUCCCCUUUUUGACG